AUGCCUGAUUUCCGUGGCCUAUGGCCUGCUUGUACUUCAGAUUGUUAUCGCCUUAUGGCCUUUGAGCCACCUCAACAGUUGUGCCCGCCGGAGCCCAGUCUACCUUUGUCCUCCACCUUAACUACGUCAGCCUCCGUAGCACUCGACGGCCUUGGGCCAUCGGUUACGGUAAGGAGUCAGUCUUCACAACAGCUUUCCACGCCUACUGGGUUGCUGGAUUUGCGUCUGACCCGGUCAGCUGAAGGUGUUGCCCAACAAGACCCGAUUUCCGGUCGCUAUGAGGCACCGCCGGUCGCU